GCAAGCUGAUAACUCUCUUUUCAGCUACGAACUACUGCAACCACCACCAAAACGCGGGAGCUCUUUUGUACAUUCGGCGGGACUUGACAAUAAUUCCAAAACUGAUUUAUCCUGCAAACGCGCUGUCUCAAUACAUAACAUGGGACGAAAGAAUGACUGAACUCCGGCCCCCCACGCCCCCCCGCACUCCUCCGCGCAUGCGGGAGCAGCACGACUUCGAGGGAUGA